AUAUAACGGCAUGGGGUAACCAGACAAAAAGGAGAAAACAUGUUCUUGUGAGCAGACAGGCACGGGAUCCACCGUUCCACCAGAGAAUACCUCAGACGAAAAGAGCAAUCAAGAAUCAAUCAUCGAGUAUCACUUUUAUUCGACUGUCAAGAAAAGGACAAGUCGCUAUUCCGUUCAAGAGACAUUGGUGCAGGUGCGUUAAACUCGUUCACUUUGUGGUAGUUUGGAAGUGUUUCCAUUACAAACUGGACAUCUGUCAUUGCUGAGAAGAUUGGCCAAGGCUGAUACCGAAGCUGAUACUGCGUUCUGAAUUUAAUAUUACAGUCUGUAAGUUUCCUGAUAGAACUUUGAAGCUGUUGUAACAGCUUUCUUCUGUCGAACAAGCACUUCUGAUUGUGCUCAGGCUAUAAUUAGCUGUAUGUCUACAAAAAUGGAACAGCCGUUUUACCACGACGACUCAUUUAUUUCACCUUACGCCAACUCGGACACGGCUCUGCACGAGUACAAGCUCCUGAAGCAGAAUAUGGGCAUGAACUUGGCCGAGCCUUACCGGAACCUCAAGUCACAGCUGCGUGUGGAGACGGACUAUUACCAGUCGGCGAACCCAGAGGUCGGCUCGCUAAAGCUGGCAUCUCCAGAGCUGGAGAGACUGAUCAUCCAGAACAGCAACGGCGUCAUUACCACUACACCCACCCCGAGCCAAUAUUUUUACAGUCGGGGGAUCACGGAUGAACAGGAGGGCUUCGCUGACGGUUUUGUGAAAGCUCUGGAUGAGCUCCACAAAAUGAACCACAUGCCCCCGCCCAAUGUGUCUCUGGGAGCCUGCGGUGUGACUACGUGCACGGCGGCGGCCUCUAGCGUCUUCGGCUCCUCCUUGCAGCCGGAACCUCCCGUUUACACAACAUUGAAUGCUCCGAACACUACCCUCACGUCUGUAUCCAGCUACCCCACAGCCACCAUCAGCUACUUGCCAGCACACCACCACCAUCAUCAUCAUCAUCAACAGCACCAACAAACAACGACGCUUGCAUCAAAUCACUUUCAGCACUCUAUAACUGGCGCCGGCCUGCAUACGCCACGGCUCGUUUCACUGAAAGAAGAACCACAGACUGUUCCAGACCUGCACUCCAGCGACGGCUCGCCACCAAUGUCCCCCAUUAAUAUGGAAAACCAGGAGGUAAUCAAAGCGGAGCGGAAGAGGCUGAGGAAUCGCUUGGCGGCGACGAAGUGCCGGCGGCGAAAGCUCGAGCGCAUCGCCCGUCUGGAGGACAAAGUGAAGGUCCUGAAGUCGGACAAUGCCGGACUUUCCAGCACCGCUUCUCUUCUGCGAGAGCAAGUCGCACAGCUCAAACAAAAAGUCAUGACGCACGUCAGCAGCGGAUGUCAGCUAAUGCUAACCAGCAAGAUGGAGUCGUUUUAAAAAAUAAAAAAACGAUAAACUGAACAUUGUUUUAAAAGAACACUGGAUGAUUAGCAUAUUCCUAAUGUACGUUUUGUUUAUUGUAAAACAAAAAUACGACAUCACUGGAUUAUUACUGAUUACGAAAAAUUGAGCCAUGUGUAUGUUUCAUUUUGAAAAUGAACGUUCUUUCAUGUCUUAUAAUUUGAAGUAUGGGUAGCUUACAUAUUGUAUGGACUGUACAAUGGUACUUCCGGUCACGAUGCACUGGGACCAUGUUAAUUGUAAAAUGUAAGCCUGUGGAGUAGUCUAAUGUCCUGGACUGACUAGUCAGAAACACUCGGAACUAUUAAGUGCAGAAUGAGUAUUCGACUCGUAUCUGUAUUAGGUGAUGGUUUUGGAGGGAGAGAAGGGAAGGGGGUACUUUGUUCAUUUUUAAAUACUUUUGAUAUUGUCAUGCAAUGCUGCAUUCCAAAAAAUUAAGUUAUUCUGUAUUUGUCAGGUUGAUCCCGACAAACCUUUAUGAUGUCAUAUGUUUACUUUUUGUGCACAAUAUAUUUAAGUAAAAUCUUUAAAAUUCUGA